AUGCCAUCUGACGUGCAGACGGUCCUCCUCCUCGUGUGGGGCUUAUACUGGCCGCACCAUCGGCAUUUUGUGGAGGAUAUGGAGCCGCUGCUGAGUACUGGCUGGCAUGGCUAUCAGCUUUACGAGCAGUGGGCUGACGUCAUUUACCGACUCGUGAUGCUGAACUUCUUGGAGGCCGAUGUCUUGAUGCGUGCCCGCAUCCAGCUGCAAAGGGCCGGGAGGUUGUACGCGAGCAGAUACGCGGUGCGGCUUCGCGAUCAAUGCAGGAUCGCCGCUCAAGUAUUGGACCGCGACCCGGACGACCGCCUCGAGGGGUUCCAAUGGUUGUGCGAAGCGAGCAACCCUCGCCUGAACGAGAGCUUCUUGCAUGCCAGUCGGGUUUCCGCAGCAGCCAGUUUUGUCAUCGAGCGCGGCGCUUCUGGGAGGCUGCAGGCUGGAGAGGAUGCUCUGUACGAUCGGGUCAUGCAGGAGACUGAGCGGCUCCGAACCGACGACGACAUGGACCCUUUUGAUGAUAUCAAUUUCCGCCCGGGCCCCUUCCUUCCCUCCCAGGUUCAGUCUUGCUGUUGCCGUGCGAGCGCCCUUCUUAGCGCAUUUUGCGCUCAAGUGUUGCUAGUUUUCAGAGCGGUGCGGAGCAUGUCGGCGGCGGCUCGGGAAGCAGCCCUAUCCCUGGUGCUGGCCACGGUUGGCUCUGAUGACGAUUGGAAGCUUGGAUUCAGGGUGUGGCCUGAUCAGAGUCCGGAGAACUGCCAUCGGCGAAUGAUGUCGUUGGUCCAUCCCGACAAGAACGACAACGGCGACAGGAGCGCCGAUGCUUCGAAACGACUCCAGGCCAUUUGGGAGCGCUUUUCGGGCUGGGUUCCGACUUUGCGGCAAUCUACGGUAAAAGCCUGUCGUCGGCGCCCCCUGAAUGACUUCGAGAAGACUCUUCGAGAUGCUCUUCAGCAGGCGGGAGGCUUCGCGGACUGGUGGGCCGAAGCGCGGCUCGUGGAGCACCAGCUGCCCCGACUUCGGAGCAACAGGACUCUGCUUCAGCGCCUCCCGGCACCGAGGCUCCUCCAACGGCUCCUGGUCCCGGACCGUCGAGUGCUCUUUCUGGUGCCGAGGACUCUGCUUCAGUACCUCCCGGCGCCGAUGCUCCUCCGACCGAGGCUCCUGCUGGCUCAUCGUCUUCGAGCGCUCCGCCGGCAUCGCACCACGAGGCCGGCGCCCUUCUUUUACCGGAUUUGUCGACGGGGUUGCACCUCGCAGGACACUGGCUUCAUGGACCACGAGGACCCCGACAUGUACGGCGAGAGCCCCUUCGGCUCGGCCCCGGCGGCCGGACCUGCCGGUGCACAUGCUUCCGGCUCUGCUGAAGCCCCUGCUGGCUCGACCGAGGGCGAUGCUGCGAGUGCGGCCGGCUCUGCUGAAGCCCCUGCUGGCUCGACCGAGGCUUCUUCCGGGUCCCCUUCGGAGGAUGACUUUCACGAGGGCGACGAGGGCCAGCCCACGGACUUUCCGCCCAAGCAGACUCGGCCCAGCUCUCUGAGGACCCGCUGGGAACCCGUCAAUGUGCAGUCGCUGGACGAAGCACUCGGCAAAGACGCCGUGAGACGCUUCACCGCAUUCAGCCUGUACGAGGUGCUCUGGUCGAUCAGGGUCCGAGUCCGCUCCAUCAAGGGCAAGAUCGGCUGGAUCUUCGUGGCGGAGCAGGAUGGCGAUGCCCCCCCGGGCAUGAAGGCUCGGCAAUACAGCGGCGUGGUUCUGCCCCCUCUCGUCAAAGAGGCCGCUCCAUCCAAAAAGAGGAAGGCUGGCGCGAAAGAGGCGGACCCAAACGAAGCCCGGCACAAGCUCAUCGCUAGCCUGCCGCCGCAGUUGCGCCAGGAGCUGCAGCUAGGCGUUCCCGACUGCCUCGUCGGCAAGAGCUGUUUCGCUUUCCCGAAGCUUGUGCGCUACAUAGCACGCAAGGACAUGGACCUCGUGGAGGUUGACGCCGUCAAUGCGUACUUUCAGCACCUGGCUCGCGGCUUUCCCGCUUCGACCCCACUCCAGAACUACGUGGGGCACCGUGAUGAGGUGCUCGGGCGGAUCCGCCAGGCUUUUGGAGUCGAUCGCGACCAAGCCAAACGCCUCGUGAUCGCUCUGGGGUUCGGCGGCUCGCUGAGCAACUGGUGCUCCGAGACCCUCGGCUACAUCCCGGAGGACGAUGACCCCCAGGUCGGCGAGUGCUUCAGGGAGAUGCAGGAUUUCGAGGCGGCGAUGAGGGAGAUCCAUCGCCAGGUCGUCGGAGCCAUGACGCCGGCUCAGAAGGAGCAUCUCCGCGGGCGCUCUUGGGGUGGGGCGUGCUUCUUCGACUACCAGAACGCAGAGCGAGCGCUGCUGGACGUGAUGAUGGCCUCUGCAGGGAAGGAUUUGGUGUCCGGCGAGCACGACGGGGUGUGCGUCGUGCGACAGGCCGCACAGCGUAUCCAGGAGGCCGCCCAGGCCGUGAUGUGGGAGGUGGCGACCAAGCCGCUGCCGUCGCCUUGGGAGUUCGCUGCCCGGGAAUACCCGAUGUUCGACUGGGACGUGACGGCCCGCAUGCCCUUCCGGAAGUUCCACGAGCUGCGCGGCACGGUCAUCGACCAUGCCGCGCAGGGCGAAUCGGAGGUGCGAGCCAACACCGCGGACGUCGUCCGCUACGUGGCCGAGGUCCUGCGCGAGACCGUCAACGUGCCGAACAAGCCGGACGAGCGAACCAGCUCAUACGAGUUCUUCACGAGCCAGGGGUUUUGGGUGGAACGACACAUCGACUGCUUGCAGAAGCAGAUCCAGGAGGUGCUUCGUCAAAUCGGCCGCCACCCUCUUGCUUGGGAGGAGCCCCGGCCGCUGAAGCCUUUCAAUCGCGUGGACUUCGCCCACAGCCUGGGGUCCGCCGUUUUGGCUCAGCUGGCGGAGCGCACGAUGCCCUCCCUGGACGGCGCGCGCAUCAACGGCCUCCUCCUGUGCAGCGACGGCUACAUCCUGGACUUCAACGAGGGGGCCGCCCAGAAGCGCCGGCGAGCCAGGCCUUCGGAUCGGCUGGGAUUCAUUGCCAAGGCCCUCUCCAAGAUCUGGCAGCCCAAGAACCCCAGCGGCCUUGGCCGGCUUGUGCGAGAUUUCCUGGAAAGCAAGGCCAAGACCCUGGAGCAGAACGAGGCCGGGAGAAAGGUCAUCGAGGAGUUUGAGCGGCUCCUGCAUGAGGAGAAGUGUGAAGUCCUCUCCAUCCUGAAGAACUACGCGAUCCUGCGGGAGAAGGUGGACGGCGUGGUGACGGAGACGAUCGACUGGAACUGGGUCCUUUGGGUGCUGCGCUUCAUCAGUCGCUGCAUCCUUGGCGAGGAGCACCUCUGCGAGAUGUUGUACCUUUGGGGCGGCGGCAGCUCCGGCAAGGACGUUCUGAACCUCCUGAUCUUCGCCGUGCUGGGCUUGGGGGCCGAAAACCUGGGGGUCAUGCUGCCCGGGCGCUACCUGGUCGCCGGCGGCCAGUCGGCCAACGAGAACGCCAGCCCGCUGCUGGCGCGCAUGGAGCGCAAGAGGGCCGUGUGGGUGAGCGAAGUUCCGCACCACACCCACUUGAACGAGGAGUUCGUCAAGCCCUUCUGCGAGCAGGGCGGCGCUCCGGUUCCAGCUCGCCGACUCAACAAAGCGCCGCGUGACUUUGUCCCUACAUCCGUGCUCCUGGCUACCUCCAAUCAUCCGGCGCAAGUGGAGCGGAAGUCCAUGACGGAGGACAACGGGUGGGACAGGCGCCUGCGGCUCCUGGAGACGAAAGUCAAGUUCACGGCCAAGAAUGAGGACCUGGAGUGCAACGAGAUGAAGGCCGACGACAACCUCAAGGCCCGCGUGAACCUCGGUCACUACAACGCCUCCCUGCUGUUCCUCGUAGGCGAGCUCUACCCGACCUUGAAGCCCCGCUACAACGAAGGCACGGAGUUGGUCCCGAAACCCGCGUGCAUGGAGGAAGCUGAGAAGGAGUUCGCAGCCAAGCAGGCGGGCACCCAGUUCAAGGAGUUCGUCAAGGACCGCUGCGUGCGGGUGGAGCAGAAGGUCGCUGCCUCCUUGUUCACGGACUUCUGUAAGGAGCUUAAGAGCUACCUGGGUGAUUUCAUGCAGAUGGCCGAGGUCAGGAAGCUUGCCAAGGAGAACGGCUUCGCCGGGCGGGUGGUCAUCAAUGUCGACGGCCCCUGGCGGCUCAAGACGCAGGAGGAGCUCAAGGCGGAGCUGGAGGCCCAGCAGGCGAGGAGGGCCGCCGAGACUUUCUUCGCCCCCCAGCCGUAG